GGUUUUGUUUGCACGCACGCUUUCAUCACUAAUUUGCUCGCACGCACCUACACCUACACCUACAGUUACAACUCUUUCUUCAAUGACUCCGGUUAUAGUAGUAUUCAAAUUGAAAAUGUCUGCGAUAUUUAGUGUCUUAAUUUGCUGACGUGCACCGCUAUAGUACAUAUUGAACUGUGUGCGUUAAAAAGCACAGCUAUGCAGCAACUUAAACAGUAUACUAAAGCCUUUGUUAGCGGGUUUGCUUUUGUUAUGCCUGUUAGCGUAGCUUUUUUUGACUAUGUUGGGUAUAUAUCAACUGUAAGCGGAGACUCUAUGCAGCCUGUCCUUAAUCCUAAGUCUGACAAGUCUUUAACUCAAGACAUCAUAUAUUUAAGUCGAUGGUCUCUCAGAAAUUCAGAAUUACGAAGAGGAGACAUUGUAUCUCUAGAUUCACCUAGGGAUCCUGGUUCAAGACUUGUGAAAAGGAUAAUAGCAUUGGAAGGAGAUACAGUAAAGACUCUGCAUUAUAAGAAUCGAUACGUGAAAAUACCAGAAGGUCAUUGCUGGGUGGAAGGAGAUCAUCAUGCGGUCAGCAUGGAUAGUAACACAUUCGGGCCG